AUGGAAAAUCACACUCGGCCACCGGCUCAAUUCCCUCCCGUGCAGAGACUGUCUCCACGCCUCCCGGACAGGAGCCCCACGCUCACCCCGGCCGACCGAAUCGAGCGGGAUCUCCACGAAGAUGGCCUUCGCGACUGGGGCUUUGUUAUUUACCGGUGUACCUACCAGAGCAAUACAGCCUGGGUCGAGUUUAUGCGUCGGCUACUCGCCAAUACCAAGGACACGCUGGAAAGUUGGGGGGACCUCGAUUUACUUGAUAAUCUAGCCCUGACCGUGAUUGAAGACUCGAGAAGCUUGGACGGGGCUACUACGGCUGUGAUUCGACAGCAUUUUCGGCAGUGGGUGGCGACCGCAGUGCAAGAAGCACCGGAUGCUACUAGCCCGCGGCUGCAGUUGUCGCAACGAUACAAUUUCUGUCUGCAGAUUACGCAGGAUGUCUUGGACUCUGUCCUCACCGAUGAAGAGGAGGGGGGGUUUGUGCGACUUAUUCGAAGGGACUGGAAGGAGUAUGACCCGUUCUAUGAAGGGGAAAGGCUUGAGGACGAGGAAGAGGCGAUUGAAGGGUGUACUUUGGAAGACGUGGGGUGGAUGAAGGUCCCGUUCGAUGGUGUGAUGGUUGUUCCUUGGUAUUACUUGCGUGGAGCGGGUUGGGAGCACGAGUAUCGUCGUCCGCCCGAGAUUGCUCCUUUCUGA